AUGACGGAAUAUCUGCUCAAGCAUUUGAGAGAGAUGACAAAAGAGGAGGGGAGAUUGAGCUCUAAGCUUGGCUGGCCCUUCCUCGACAGUACCUGGGCAGUCGGUGGGGGAAAGAGGGAAAACCUUUCGGUCGGUGUUUGGGAAUGCAUGGAUAAAGAUCUGGAACUUGACGACAAUGCAACACUCACUUUCUCGUUUGGCGAGGAUGACGAGAAAACCCUUGAGGUGACGGAAGUUGUGGAGGUUGUGGCUGGUGUGUUGCUCCAAUGGCUCCGGAACCUUAAGGAAGGAGUUGUUCCUCAGGAUAUAUGGCUCGACGUAUACAAAGCUGGCGCGGACAAAAUGUUGGCCGAGCAGGUUCUAGAUAAAUUAUUUACAUCGCUCUCACCGGCCCAUGCGAACGUAUUUGUAUAUCUCACAGGCUUCAUAAUGGAAAUCAUUUCUCUAUUAUCAUCGCCCAUACCUUCUCAGUUACCAUCGUUGGACGCAGAUAGUGUCACAAGCCCUCUAUCACCGAUCCAAGGUGUAUUGCCCUUUGGCAGAUUGAGGGCUGCGAGAGGCGUGGUUGUUAAGCAUGCAAUACUCGAAGUAUUUGCUGAAGCGAUCAUCCGGAAGGAGGGGGGAAACAAAACAGCUGAGGAUAAACGGAAGGCUGUGGCUUUCCUAGAGGUCUUCGUUUCGGAUGUUGAAAAAGGGUGAUACACAUUUGUCCAAUUCGUUGUUUUUGUACGAUAUAUUGCAUUAAUAGCCCAGAACAAACUUUAGUCCCGAAAGAAGUUGUCACGAGUAUGUGAGACUGCUUCUCCCAUCGUCCUCCACGAUACAUAUACCUUCCCCUCCACACACCCAACCUUCCACUCCAUCGAAACAUCCUCCACCAACACCCUCAAUUUCUUCAUCAGAAACGCAUCCUCGUCUUAUCUCAAAAAACUUUACCCUCGCGAGAUCUAUCUUGAGGUGUGAUACCAUUUCCGCCCUCCCCAACUCUCCCGGUCCUAUUUGCUUUGUCUCGUUUACAGGUGCGGAUAAGAAAUGAAGAACUAAUAAGAAGGGAACAAAAAAGGAAAAAUAUGGUAGCUCAUUCUAAGAACUCCUCUGGGAAAGCCAGCUCUGCUGGGAGAGCCGAUUCUGCUUUAGGGCCAGCAGUUUCUGCCACCUUGGCCUCAGCUCAGAAAACGGGCGGCCGCUCAAAAAAAACACCCUCGUCUAAAAAACCCCGCUACCCAAAAAAGACCUCUUAUGAGAAAGUGGAGAGGGCGAAGAAGACGCCCCGCAAGGGCCCAGCCUCACUCGCCAUCGCUCUUCAGUCUCAUCGUAGAACAAGAGAGAUGGUCAGAAUGAUCGAAGAGCAGCGCAUGAUUCGUUGUCAAGCAGAUUCCUUGAUUCUUGCUAUGCUCGAGCCUCAAACGGAGCAGUCGAUACAUUCAUACAUAGAUAUCUUGAUUCUUGCUAUGCUCGCCAGUGAAAAACUGGAGGGUUAACGAGAUGUGGAUAAAACAACCCCUCCCAAACAGACCCCCCCCCCCCCAAAAAAAAAAGCUCGCUUUCUUCUUUCCUCAAUAUCCCUUCUAACCAUGUGUUUUUUGAUCGGUUUUUCUCCUGUAUAGCCACUCUUUUGUGAGCGGAAUACCUCUUUUCCUAUGCUUCAGGCUCAGAUAACCCCAAGUGGGCUCAAGCGUGUUGCUUAUUAUUCUGAUAUGCAACUUUUAUUUCCCUUUUACCCUGCUUUCUAUUCUUAUUCCUCCCAUCCCUCCCAUUUCCUUUACCCUUUUCCCAUUAGAGUAACGACGCCCAACUCAGGGAAACUUAGAAGCUGGAAAUUGGGUCCCUCGGCGAAAAUUUCAGAGGGAGUAAAACUACUUCACUGCAGGAAGUUUGUGUUGCUGUGUGCUCCUGGCCCCUCCCAAACGUUGCCUCGAGCAUUGCUGCCAAGUCUUCAUACUCCCCGCAGUUGUAUCCCGGUUCGGCGGUGCUUCGUCAAAAAUCGAACAUGGGACAUACUU